AUGCUAGUCGUUCCGCUGUUCUUUUCAAUUGUUUCAUUGACCAUUCGAACGUCACGAAUAGAUCAUCAAGCGAAUUUCUAUUCAGUGGAUAUUCUUCUAAAUAGUACAUGUUCUGCAAGACGAGAAGCGAAUUUAACAUUGAAUUUCUUCUCGUUAUACUCGAAUGAAACGAACUCUUGUUCGUCUUAUUCAAAACAACCGACAUUCAUCACCUGUGACAAUUUUAUCUAUGGUGUUCGUUAUACAAUCGAUGGAUAUCUUUUAUGUGGCACAAAGAGUUUUACUUUAUCACCAUCAAGAGAACUUUACGAAAUCUUCAAACCAAAAUAUAUCAAUUCUACGAACAGUCCAACUUUGAUCAAUACCUUCUUUUUCCUUCCUGGUUUAUUCAAUCGAUUGAAUAUUGAAUUAAAUAGUGUGAAUCAAUCCUGUUCAUUAGAAUAUUCAUCAAUAACAUCGCCUUUUUAUCAUUGUUCAUUUCGAAAUCUUCCAUCUGCUCAAUGGUUUGUGUUAACUUAUUAUAUUCUUACUGAGAAUUAUCAAACACGAUCAGCUGAUACCACGAUCGUCUUUACUGAUUUGGAAGAAUUGGAUUUUCGAUGUGAAUUGCAGAAGAAUAAUCAACAAAUUGAAUUCUAUUGGGCAAAUCUGACCGGUUCGGGUUAUUCGAAUUUAACAAUUUCGAUUCUGACUGAAGAAAAUAAACAUUUAUCGACGAUUUUAUGUGAUCCAUAUGCCUCUACUAACCUUUGUUCGACGAAAUCAGCUCGACUAGAACCAGGAAGAGAAUAUCAUAUUCAUGCGAAGUUACGCAAAUCAUUACCGAACUAUAACGGACAAAAAAUUGAAACAUGUUCGAUAAAAACAAAUCUCACUCAAAUUCCAAUUCAUUCACUUCAACACGUAAUAUUCAACGAAACAAACGUUCGUUUAUCUUGGUCGGAACAUCCAUUUCAUGUUCAAGUACGAUUAAGAAAUCUCGAAACAAAUUCUUUGCUAAAUCCUGUGGAAAAUACUCACAAAAUGGCUCUUUUCCUCAAUCUAGUCGAAGCAAGUGUUUAUCAAGUUGAAUUUAACAUCUCAAAAACUCAUUGGCCACCUCUAUUUCAAAGAACGAACUAUCACAUCAAAACAGAUUUUAAGAGAUUAGUUAUUGAAAAUGUGAUUCGAUUGUCAGACAAAACUUUGAUUGUUCAUGUGAAUUCACAUGAUUUAACAAAAGUCGAAUUAAUUUACUGUAUCGAACGUGUCAUGAAUGAAACUCGUGAGAUUUGUUCGUUUUCGAAUACGUUUAGUCAACUUUCAGCAAGUACGAUUUAUAAUAUUUCCGUCACAAUUGAUCGUGAUGCGUUUCAAAAUAAAUUUCAUUGGGAAAAACGAACGAUCUUCAAACUUGUUAACACAAAUCCACCAACAUUGAAAAUUCGCGCGAAGAGACAAGAUGAACAUUGUUCUGCAGAAAUUCUUAAUUCAUUUCCAAUUUCCUAUUCAUCUGAAUGUUUUUCUUCUUUGACGGACGAAAUUUUCGAUUGUAACGAACUUUUAUGUGGUUGUCGAUAUCAAUAUCGAAUAUUAUUCAAUCAAACGUACAUUGAUUCAUUAUGCGCGAGAUCUCCAUGUGAUAUUCAACUGAAUCAUCCGAAUGUCUCAACUGUGAAGUUCCAAACACCUUUGGAUUCAAUCCGCAAUCUACGAAUCGUUUCUGUUUCGUUGAUUUCACGGGAGAUUCAAGUGAAUUUCGAUUAUCCAUCGGGAUGUUUCGAUCAAUUUAUUUUAAUUUGUGAACUAAUCUCAACGAAACAACGACAAACGUUUGUCAAUUCAACGAUCUGCACGGAUUUGAUUCCGGAAGCAUUUUAUCGCAUUUCUGUGGAAAUCAAACGACUUGGAUGGGAAACAGUGACAUCACAAGUCAUUGAAACACAAUUAAUCUCCACUCCAAAGAAUGAUCAGAAAAAAGGUUCUUUUGUUCAGUCGAUUCUCAUCCCAGGAAUGAUCGGAUUUGUGAUCAUUCUCAUUCUGGUGGUUUUGAUCGCAUUCGUUUUUGCAUAUCGACAGCGUCGUCGGAAUCGAUCGUCGAAUCGAGAUCAAGCGCAAAUCACAACUAUAAGUCAUCGAACAAUUUCAACAAAGUUGAAUAAUAUCGUUAAUCAAGUGAAUAUAUACGCAAAAACUCAUCCAGAUACGAAAAGAAAUAUUUACACAUCAAGACCAAUUCGAAUAAAAGAUCUUCCGAAAGAAUAUGAACAACUAAUCGCCAAUAACUAUUACAAUAUUUCCAAUGAAUUUCACGAACUCCAUUAUAGUAUCCAGGAAACAUUGGAAUUAACUCAAUGUGAUCAAACAUUAAAAAAUCGAUACAAAGACAUCAUUCCUUAUGAACAUUCACGUGUGAAAUUAAUCCCUAUCGAUGAUCUGGACUCCGGAUAUAUCAACGCGAAUUUCAUUGCAGGUUUACAUAAUCCACGAGAGUAUAUUGCGUGUCAAGGACCAUUGAAAACAACGAUUAACGAUCACUGGAAAAUGAUUUGGGGACAAAAUGUAACGAUUAUAGUGAUGUUAACCGAUAUUAUCGAACGAGGAUUGAACAAAUGCGAAAGGUAUUGGCCGACGAAUUUAGAUAAAGAUGAAAUGUAUGGAAAUCUGUCAGUAUGUGUUAUGAAUUGCAUUCAUGAUAAUUCGUACGAUCUCCGUCAUAUUCAGUUAAAAAAGAAUGAAGACAUUCGUUCGAUAAAACAUUAUGCAUUUAAAAUGUGGAAUGAUCAUACUGUUCCGACGAAUUCCGAAGAUUUACUUGAUUUUAUUCGUUUGAUUCGAUCGGAAUAUCGUCCUGACUGUGAUGGACCUAUUUUAGUACAUUGUAGUGCUGGAGUGGGUCGUAGUGGAACAUUCAUUGCUUUAGAUCGACUAUUACAACAAUUUGACAAAGUAUCGUGCUAUGGAUAUUUAGAUAUUUAUGGAACUGUUCUUGAUAUGAGACGAUGUCGAGAUCGAAUGGUACAAAAUGAACAUCAGUAUUUAUUUAUUUAUCGAUGUUUGAAAGAUGAAUAUGAGAAACGAUCAGGCAACUCGAACCAUGCUGUUAUUGCUGAUGAUGCUGUGUGA